AAUCCCGCGAGAGCUGCUUGCCCCUUACCCGCUAGCUGCCGGUUCGAGCAUGGUCGACGACGCGGGCGCCGCCGAGGCCCGGGGGGACGGGCUACUGGGGUUCCCACUUACGCCGCCACGGAUUCGCUCCCGGCCGUGGUGGUUUCCUGUGCAGGAGCUGAGGAACCCGCUGGUGUUUUCUUUGGAGGCGUGGCUGGCCGACUCGAUCUUCGGCCCGGACCGAGCCGUGGUUCCGGAAAUGGAGUGGAUGAGCCAGGCCCUGCUGACGGUGGACGCAGUUCACGCCGGGAAGUUGGUGGAAAUCACCGUCUUCGGGCGGCCAGCUGUCCAGCGCCGGGUGAAGAGCGUGCUCCUGAGCCUGGCGUCGGGUCACCGGGAGCAGCGCGCCCGAGCUGAGAAGAUGGAACAACUCGAGGAGUUCUUGAAGGCCCAGGCACCAGGUCCCCAGGUCCCCCAGAGUCCUGUUGCAUAAGUGCUCUCCGGGGCAUGAGAACAGUCCUCCUUCCGCUACUAAAGUUCAGGAGAAGCAAAUAUCCUUAAAUCUGUGCAUUUAUUUUUUUCCUGUAUCUUGAUGGACAGUGGUUUGAUUCUUUUGCUGCAAACGUGAGUUUGUAGUGCCAUUCUAGUAAAUAAAUGGAUUUCCUUUUUUCCAAUGGCAUAAAGAUCUUGGCUCACUCAAAAUUAAGCAAAUUUAUAAAAGAUUGACUCUGUUCAUUCAUAUCUUGAUGUGAGAGGCUGAUAGGUGGAGGGUUUAUUUUUGUUUUUUUCUUAGUUUCUAUCGUUUUGAAACUACUAACCCUUUUAUGAUUUUAUGGUCAGAGUCAGGCCCUCAUGCACAGGCGGCAGAAAUGCAGGGUCAGUCUGCUUUGGGUUUCUUUUGCAUCAUUUGUUCUCAAACUUUAAUGUGUGUAAGGAUCACCUUGAGAGCUUGCUAAAACACAGUUUCUUAGCCCCUUUUCCACUGAUUCUGAUUCAGUACAUUGAGCCCAUGAAUAUGCAUUUCUAACAAGCUGUUAGGUAAUGCCAGCGCUUCUUCUCUGAGCCUCUCAUUUUUAAGCAGGUGUUUGGUUCCUGAGUAGCAACCAGUGGGCCCGUGUGUUUUCUUGGAGUGGAGUCUCUGACCGUGAACGUGGGUGGGCAUUCCAACAUGCAAGCUGAGGCAAUCAGCAUUCAUUCUGCUGGUGCUGUGAUUUACCAGAAGGAGCCACGUGUGAAAAGAUUCAUCAAACAAUACAAAGGGGACACGUGCAUGUUACCAGCAGCCAGAGAAGAAAAGAUAUUACCAGCACUCCAGAAGCCCCCAUUUUUGCAUCCUCCCCAAGGAUAACUACUGUUGUGACUUAACUAUAAAUGGACUCAAUCUAAGAUUUGUCCAUGUCGCCAGCAGUUGUAGUUCCAUUGUAUGAAUAAACCUUAAUUUAGUUUUCCAUCCUG